AUGAAAUCCAUUUCAUCGUACCUCUCCUUUGCCCAUAUGAACAUCACACACACAACAGAGCAGCACGCCGAGAACCAGCCACACUGGAAAACAAUCCUCGACAUCGCUCCAUUCGUCUCAAUUACAUUCCCAGCCAUCAUGUGCCUCAUCUUCGACGAAGACAGUUUUGAAGAGAGUCCUUUCCUCAGGUUCAUUACACUACUCCUCCCCUUCUCAUACUCAGCAGUACAGUAUGCCUUACUCUACACCAACUGGAAGUCACAUAACAAACCAGAGCCCAUCCUGCACACCACACUCUACUACACACUCAGUCUCCUGCUUCUUGCAUUCACCAUCAUCUCCAUCCUUUCAAUCAUUCCAUUCUCCCUUAAUGAAUGGGAUCAUGCUGCCUCAUUCUUCUACCCUAUCGUCCUCCCCUCUUUUACCGUCCCACCUGCCUAUCUCCUUUCCAGCUCCUACUUCCUUGUCCCACGACAGAUCCGGCUCACAGACACUGUUAUCAGCAUACUGAUAUCAGUAUGCAGUAUAGUAAAUGUGCUACUUGUGUUCAAGGAAUUCAAUUACUAUCCUUACUCUGCAAUAAUAUCCUCCAUCUCCGUCCUUCUACAACUACUCAGCGAGAAGCACUGUCUAUUCAAGCAGAGUCCUCCAUCUACUGCAUCAUCGAGGGCUGCCGUUCUUAUCCUCACCCUCAUCCUUGCUGUCCUUGUCUACACAUUUCUGGGGUAUGGAGCCAUCUACAUCCUGGAUGACCACUUCCACCUACUUGGCAAGAUGAAGAGUAUCCUUCCAUCAGAACCUCACCAAUAA